GUGUGGAUCUCGCCAGUGGUGAAGAACCUGGACGCUUCGACCGCAGACGGGUCAAGCUACCAUGGAUACUGGGCGCAAGAUAUAUACGCAGUCAACACCAACUUCGGUUCGGCUGCAAACUUGGUUAAAUUAUCGAGUGCUUUACAUGAUAGAGGAAUGGUAUGUUGUGGUGACUGCGUAGACUACUCAGUCUUCGAUCCCUUUAACAAAGAGUCUUACUAUCACCCUUUCUGCUUGAUCGACUACAACAAUCAGACCAGCAUGGAGCUUAAACAAAUAGUGCUGGAGGGCGACAACACCGUCUCAUUACCAGACCUCCGUGUAGAGGAUUCGAACGUGCAAGACAUGUUUGCAACAUGGAUCAAGCAAUUGGUCAAGAACUACACAAUUGAUGGCCUGCGUAUCGACAGCGCAGCCGAAGUCAGCAAAGACUCUCUAGCAAAUUUCGAAUCGGCAGCAGACAUGUACGCCGUCGGCGAAGUAUUCAACAACAACGCCGACUACGUCUGCGCAUACCAAGACUCCAUUUCCGGCGUCAUGAACUACCCCUUGUACUACAACAUAACCUCCGCCUUCGCGUCCACCUCCGGCGACAUCAAAGCUCUAGAACAAGGCGUCAACACCAUGAAGUCCACCUGCAAAGACGUCACCCUCCUAGGCUCAUUUCUCGAAAACCACGAUAAUCCACGGUUUCCGUCUUUGACUUCUGACAUAUCGUUGGCCAAAAACGCAAUCGGGUUCGCAAUGUUGGCGGAUGGUAUUCCCAUCGUUUAUCAAGGCCAAGAACAGCAUUUUGAUGGUGGAGAUACGCCAAACCAGAGAGAACAGCUUUGGAAAUCUGGAUAUGAUAGCACUGCAACACUCUACAAACACAUCACCAAAUUAAAUGCUAUACGCAAAGUGGCCAUCAAGAAUGAUGAUGGCUAUUUGACGUAUAAUGCGUAUCUGGUGUGGACGGAUGAUCACACUAUUGUGAUGAGAAAGGGGAAUAAUGAUACACAGGUUAUUGGCGUGUUUAACAAUCUUGGAGCAGAGGGGGAUAAGGAUUUCACGCUGUUGGCCACGAGUUCGGGAUUUGAUGCUGGCAUGGAUGUUACGGAUGUGUUGGCUUGUGAUAAGUUUACGACGGAUGAUAAAGGUGAUCUGGAUGUCAAGAUUGAGGGAGGUGUGCCUUUGGUUUUGUAUUCGACCAAGCAGCUUGAUGGAAGCGGUAUAUGU